UGAUGGAAAAUGGUAAAAUAGAGGAGCUAAAAUCAACAAAUAAAUCCGAAAGUAGGCUUAAACUAUCUAAAUUAGUAAAUGAAUAGUAGGAAUAGAUUCAAAAGGAUCAUUUUUCUUACCCUGAGUCAGAUAGAAAAGCUUUGAUUAAAACAGGACCAUUAAUAUAAUAUGAAAGAGAUAUUUAUUCAGAAAACUGUUAAAAACAUGAGAAACUAUGCAGAUCAAAUGAAACUAAGGAACUAUUUUAGGUGAAUUUUUAAGAACUACUAAGAAGAAACCAAACUUAAUUAAAAAUUGAUAAUAAUAGAAAAAACCCAUUUUAUAAUAAAAUAAAGGAUAAGAAAAAAAGAAUAAAAAGAUCUACAACUUUGUAAUUAAAAUUACAUAAAUUUAAUUUAUUUAUAAAAAAAAUUAAAAGAAUAAAGUUAUAAAAACAAUAAGAGAAACAUAUAUAUAAUCUCAAUCAAAUUCCUACUUUUGAAACUUAAAUUGUAAAAUUCAAUUUGGAAAACUAAAAUACAAUAGAUAUAAAAAUAAUUAUAAAUACUGAUUUUUUGUUAAAUUUUUAAAAUUCAGAAGAAAAUAAUAAAGAUAAUAAAGAAAUUAAAAUACAGGUCUUAGAUUCUAUUCAAGAAACAAAAGUCUAGAAUAAUUUAUGUUUGCUUAAAAACGAAAAAAUUGAGGUGAGUUUAAAAAAAUCACCUCAAUUUUUGAUUGAAGAUUCAGAAAAAGAACCUGAACUCAAUAAUAAGUCAAAGAAAAUUAGUUUUAAGGAAUUAAUGUAUAAAAUUGAUCUAGAAAAUAAGCAAAAUCAAAAAAAAUUAUUAUAAAAAUAAAAGUUAUAAUAAGUAAUUACAAAUUCGUAAUAAAAAUUACAUAUUUUUAAUGAAAUACAAGCUCAAGAAAUCAUUAUAAUUGAUCAAAAAGAUAUAAUAUAAAAAGAAGAAUAAGAAAUGACAUAAAAUAUUUAAUCAUUUUAAAGAAAGAAUGAAUAUGAAGUGUAGUCUCCAAAUGAAAAAUAAGGAAUGAUUAAAAAUGUAUAAGAUUUUGAAAUUACUAAAAUUGAUUUUAAUUAAAUAAAAAAUGAUCCUUAAAAUAAUACAUCUGAAGAAGAUAGUUGUCAAAUUAUUGAAAAUAAUCAUUAAAAUGAAUUUUUUGUUGAAUAACAGAAAAAAUAAAGAAAAAAAAAUAUAAAUUAAAAAAAUUUUCCAGAAAAUAAGAGUGAACAUAAUGGUUAAAAUUUUGAAUUAACUUAAUAAGUAGUAUAUAAUCAAAAUAAGAACAAAAAUGAAAAGAAUUAGAAUUCAGAAGAAUGUGAAUCGAUAUUUUAGAAAUUUGAAUAAUUUUGUAAUGAAAACCAAAAGAAUAUUUAAAAAGUGAGAGAUAAUUUUUUAAGAAAAACAAGAUAAUUACAAAAAUAAAAAUAAAGAAAAAUAGAAAGAGAGAGAAGAAUUGAAAUUAAAAGAUAAUUAGAAUUAGAAAGAGAAAGAGAUAGAGAAAAAUAAAGAUAGAGAGAAAUUGAAAUAAUAAGAUAGAGAGAAAUAGAUAAAGAUAAAGAAAAGGAAAGAAUAAUGUAAGAUGAGAUUUAGAAAAAAAUAAAAUUAGAAAAUUAAACAGAAAAAAGAAAAAAAAGAAAGAAAUUAAUAGAGAAUCGCAUCAAAUUUUGUAAAUAGCAUGAUUAAAAUGAAACAAAUAGGUCUAAAAAUAGAAAGCUCAGAUCAUUAUCAAACUAAAGUUAAAAAUGUAACUCAGAAGAAUAAAAUAUAUUUUCAAUAUAAAAUUCAGAAAAUAAUAAGUAAUAAGACUAAUAAUAUUUGUAACAAUAAAUGAAUGCUAAUUAAUUUUUUGAUGUUUUUGAUCUUGAUAAAUCAAAAUAAAUUGUGAUAGGAUAAUAAUUUAAAUAAUAAGAGGAAAACAAUUUAAACCAAAAUUCUAAUACCUAUCAAUAUUAAACUUUAUUUCCUUAAUUAAUUCCAUAAAAUAUAUUAAAUUACCAUUAUUAAUAUUAGGCUAUUUCAUAAUUUUAAGUGCCUAUGGUUAUUUAGCCUAAUCCUUCUAACAUGAAAAAUCCUUACUUUUAUAAUUAUUUUAUGCCUAUUAAUCAUAUUUAAUAAUAAACUUUCAGCCAAAGUGAUGGAUCAAUUAAUUUAUAAAAAGAUCAGUAAAAAUUUUAAAUGGGAUACUUUUUGUUAAUAACUCCAGAAAACUUUGAUCCAACUUAAGUAGUUUAAUUAUCACCUCUAACUUUUUUAUUUAUUCCUGAAAGCUCAAAGUUAUAAGAUAUAUAUAAAUGA